UUAAAAUUGAUACAAACAAACGCGAUUUUAUUGCAAACUUAAUAAAAGUGCUAAAAUUAAGGUUUUUAUGGAUAAAAUCGUUUAUAAAUCCUUAAUAAUUAUUUAUUUAAGUUUAUUUAGUACUAGUAUAUGUAAAUAUAUGGAGGGUCGCCUCAAAACGAGUGAAAAUUGGGCUUUUUUGGCGAGAUUUUGCUUCUUAUCGGGGGAAGGUCAAUUCGACUACUUCAUCGAAUACAACGAAGAACAAGGCCAUCCUAAUCUACUUCUAUAUUACGAUACCCCCGAUCAAUGGCACUCCGUUUAUAAAACAUCCAAAAGCUGCUUUGAAAAAGAAUCGGUUUUAAACAUCCAACAAAACCAAAUUGUGAAUUUAACCCUUCGCCGCGGCGAAUUUUCCGGGUGCACUUUAAACUCGGAAAUUUCAAAUCCGACGGUUGGUACCACUUCUAAAUUGGCAAUCACAACAAACCCAACUGUCACCGAAUCGGAAUUUGAGGUUAUAACGUCAAAUUUUACGGAUUUUUAUGAAAAUUUCACCUUUUUCGAUAACUUUACUGAGAAUUACGAUGAUUUUAAUAAUAUUAGUAGCAAAAUCGUCAUUAAAAGAGCCGUUCCAACUAGAAAUACGAAAAUUAAGAAUAACCGACUCAUUACAUGUAGAAAUGCUAGAAGAUUUAGGAGUUCGAGAGAACGGUGGUGGUUUGUUGCAAUUAGUAAUUGUAAAGGAAGAAAAGGAAUUGAUGUGAAGUAUCGGAUUUUAAUGACGAAUGGGCCACCUGGAGAUUAUUGGCACGAACAAUUCUCAGCAGAUGAAUUUUAUAUCCUCCCUGUUUUAAUGGCUUUUACAAUCGCUUACACCAUGUUGAUUUUAGCAAUAGUAAUUUGCUCAAUUGAGCUUAAAUCGCGACAACUUCUCCAUGCAACUUACAAAUUAUUUUCGUUUUCGGUGAUUGUGCAAUAUUUUGGGAUCCUUUUGGCGAGCAUGACUUAUUUGCAAUACGCUUUAAAUGGAAUUGGAUCCCCCAACCUUAAAAUGACGGGAUUGAUGAUCAUGGGGAUAUCAGAAAUAUGCUUUUUGCUCCUCCUUUUAUUGAUUGCUAAAGGAUACACUGUAACCAGGGGGAGAUUAUCUUUAUCAACCAGCAUAAAAAUAACGAUUUUUAUUUGCCUUUACUCCAUAACCUAUAUUUCUUUGUUCAUUUAUGAAACUAAAGUUUUUGAUCCAGGUGAAGUCCUAUAUCUUUAUGAAUCCCCUGCAGGAUAUGGGUUAAUCAUUUUAAGGAUAUUCGCGUGGUGCUUUUUUAUUUACUCCACGAUUUUCACUUUAAAAAAGUACCCAGAAAAAUGCAACUUUUAUUACCCUUUUAAUAUCUCAGGGACUUUAUGGUUCAUUGCGGGCCCCGCUUUUAUAAUUUCAGCUAAUAAUUACAUUGAUAAAUGGAUUCGCGAAUCGAUAGUUUACGCGGUGCUUUUAUUCAUAUCAUUUGGGGGGCAUUUAAUGUUUUUGUUGUUAACCAUGCCGUCGGUUGCAAAUAAAAAUUUCCCCUACCACGUCCGAACGACGCAAAUUGGGGUUAUGGAGCUCUCAAAUAACACGACGAUCGAGCAUUUUAACCACCACGUUUAUGAACCGACCCCUACCUUGGAUCAAACUGUUAUAAUACCAUUAACUCGGCGAACCGAAGAGAUUUUUGGGGGGAUUUAUAGCCAGCAUUUAUACACGAGCAAUUUCCAAAGGAGACCAUCUCAUUUUCAACCCGAAAUAAUCAACGCGGAGGGCGAUGUUACGAUGGAAAACGUUUUAAAUUGGAGCUUGGCUAAAAACGUUCCAGAAAGACCUCAAAUCGGGGUUGACGCUUACGAGAAUCACGAAAAUGGGGGAUUAAACGAAAACGAGAAAGAUGAGUUUAAUAGAGAAGUCCCCGUUGAAUUAUUUAGUAUAAGUAAAAAUAUUAAUGAAUAAAUAAAGGAAAUUUUAAAGAA